AUGGCGACGACCAUGCCGCACGUGGAUAUUGUUGACGACAAGCCUAUCGUGUGUUUACGUGCUGGUGAAAGCAUCGUUCAGACAAAACCUGUAUUUUCUCAUGAUACAAAAUGUCUGUUCUGUGGGUCGGGCAGCGCAGUAAAGGUGUACAGCACGGAGAGUGGGGAGUGUGUCCGCGAGCUGCAGGCUCACACAGACAAAGUGACAUGUCUGAUGCUGAAUCCAGCCAACAAGCUACAGCUGAUCUCAAGUGGCCUUGAUGCCCAGGUGUUCUUCUGGGACUACAUCGAUGGCGUCAUGCUCAAGAGCUAUACAUUUCCGCAGCCAUUGUUUGGUCUUGUGAGUGUGAAGAUCAGUGGAGGCCAGUUUUAUUUCCAUGUACUGCAGUCCAGUCCGAGAAAACAGUGUUUCAAAGAGGGUCAAGUUGUCGGGUACAAAGGAGUGUCGAAGGACCUGAAAGCCACAAUACAAGGUGUCAUCUUCGAGAGUUGUGCCCUUGACGCCAAGACCGUGGACAUGGGACAGAAGGAUGACUAUUUUGCUGGAGUAUCAACAAACAGAAAAGAACUUUUAAUUCACUACAAUAAGAAAUGUAUCAAAUACAAGAUGCAGUAUGUUGAGAUCACUUGUGUGUCAGCCCACCCCACAGAACUGUCCCUGGCUACUGGCUGCUCCGAUGGCAAGAUAUACUACUGGUACAGUUUCACCAAUGAGAGGCAGAUGGUGAAGUCUGUCUACCACUGGCAUGCCCUGGCUGUUCUGGACCUCACAUUCUCACCUGAAGGCUCCUUCUUGCUGAGUGGAGGCCACGAGUGCACACUGGUCAAGUGGCAGUACGAGACUCACUACAAGGACUUCAAGCCCCGGCUGGGAUCCCCCAUCACCCACGUCACAUGUGCCCCUGACAACCUCCUGUACGCUGUGUCACAUCAGGAUAAUGGUAUCCAUCUGUUGAGGAACACCCUGGAUAUCUGCCAGAUCUACCAGGGGCUCACCAAGACAAGCUUCUCCCACGGAAACCCUGUUGGCCUGCUCUGUGACCCCAGGUCCAGGGCUCUAGUGACCAAUGGAAGACCAGGACACUUACAGUUCUACUGUCUCCAUAACGACAGGCAACUGUUUAACCUUGAUAUUGUUCGUCAAAAUUACAUCUCCUCGGAGAAUCUGGAGCAGCCUCUGACAGUCACCCAGAUCACGAAGGCCGCAAUAGACGAGCGUGGUGACUGGCUGGCCACUUAUGAACUGUGGGAUGACGGGGAGAUGUCGCCCGAGAUGCAGCUCAAGUUCUGGCAUUAUGAUGAGAAGAAGCAGAGCUACGAGAUGAACACGGUCGUGGACCGACCCCACGAUAAGGCGCUCUGCUCCCUGACAUUCCGCCCCUAUAACUCCUCCAUCAGGUCUAUGCUGCCACUAGUCGUGUCCGGGGGACAAGACUGCAGGUUCAAACUGUGGACGCUUGUGGACGACACCGAUAUCUACAGGUUCAACAGCAAGUGGACGUGUGACUCGGUCGGCUUCUACCGUGAGAUGGAUACCGGAGCGACAGCAUUCGCAGAAGAUGGAUCCCUCCUGGCCGUGGUGUUCGGCUCCACCAUCACACUGUGGGACCCGGAUACUAACGUCCUCAGGACUACUUUCAGUAGCAGCUUUGACAAGAAGAAUGUCAGGCAGGUGUUGUUUGGCCGCAAGUCCUGCUGUCACCUGCUGGUCGCCACCACGGCAUGGCAGCUCACAGUGUGGAACCUUCUCACAUGCUCAGUCCAGUGGAGUGUGUCUAUAGGGGCGGUGGUGCUGGUUGACGACCCACUGACCAAGUAUAUGUCUGUGUUUACACACACUGGGGAUCUUCAUGUGUUCGAGCCAGCCAAUUCCCAGCCGGUCUUCACUCAGACUCAGGUUUCAAAGAACGACGUUGUCAGUGCUGUUUUUAUACCUCACAAAGAGGAAAGUCCAUUCAGUGCCAAGGGGAGACUACUAUGGCAGAGACAAUCACAGCUGUACUUCAUGACAAAAGAGCAAGAUCUCCUUACAGUGCAGUAUGACGCCACUGAGAACAGCACUGAUGGGUAUAUAAAAAAGACCCCAAUAAAACAGAACCUGCCCCAGUCAGCUCUCAGCCUGCUCAUGUCCAAACACAGGAAGUCUGGCGCCAAGGAUCGGAAACAUGAGCACAUCGACAUGUCUGUGGGCAUCAAGGAGACACAGUUCAUUCAACAGAUGUGCAGUAUGUCAGCAACUGCCCAGCCUCCACUACCAGACUUCUGCCAGGCGUUCCUGGAGACCCGGCUGUCUAAAGGAACCGCACCCAGGGCUGAAGCGAUGGUCAUAGAUGACGAAGAUGAUGAUAUUGAUGAUAUUGACAGUGGACUACAGUUGAACAUUAAUGCUGAUUCAGACUCGGACAUGGAGGUCACAGAAAGGUCAAGGCCACCUUCCAGAAAAAAGGAAUCUAGUGAAAAUUUAUCACAUUCAGAUGUGGACACGAAAAAAUUGGAUCUUGCUUUGGGUAAAGAAUACCGAUGGUUUGAAAGUUUAGUCAAGCCAUGAAGAAUAUGAACAUACAAUAUAUGGAGAUAUGAGAGUAAAUAUAUGAAUAAAUAUUGUUGGUCUAUCAUUUGAGGGUGAGUGGGUGACCCAGUCGUCAAAGGCACCGCAAUUUGCUGUGCACAGUUGCGCCCCUAGGGCACGCUAGAAACCUAGGAUUGUGGGCUGAAAUUCCGGUUCACCCCGAUGAUGUUUCUAGACUUGUCAGCACUAUACCUGUGCUAGUGGAUUUCUAGAAAAUGGUAAGCAUCAGACAUACAUAAAACAUUUAAGUUCUGCCUUACAUUGCAUGUCCGGUGGCCAAGUUGUCUAAGGCGCCGCGAUUCACUGUGCAGAGUUACGUUCCUUGGGCACAUCAGAAACUAAUGAUUGUGGGUUCGAAUCCUGAUUCGCCCCAAUUAUGUUUCUAGGUUUGCCAGCACCACACCCAUGCUCGAGGGUUUCACCGAAGUUGUAAACGUCUGAGACCUGCAUCACUUCGGGCUUUCCUCCCUCAUUAAGCUGACACGUCGUGAUAUAACUGGAAUAAUGUUAAAAGCAGCGUUAAACCCAACUCACUCAGUCAUUGCAUGUCCCCACAAAUUAUACUGACAAAACUAUUUAAAGUGUAGCUGCUCAAAGAAACCUGGAUAAUUUUAUGUCCUUGAAAAGGAAGGAUUGCUUUUGUUUGAUUCUAUAAGGACGUUAGAUCAAUGUAUUAAUGUUGUCAUCAAACGUAAGAGGCAACUAACGGUAUCAUGUUGUCAGGCACGCUGACUUAAUUGAUGUAUGUUAUCAUAUCCUUAUUGUGUAAAUUGAUGCUCAUGAUGUCAAUCAGGGGGCACGGGUGGCCCAGUCGUCUAAGGCACCGCAAUUCCCUAUGUAGAGUUGCGUCCCUUGGACACGCCAGAAACCUAUGA